AUGGCCAACGGCGGAGGCGGCGGUGGCGGCGGUGAGCACCUUGUCCAGAUAACAGCCGGCGGCGGCGCCGGGCAAGGCAAGGAUGCCGCGCCGGAGAAAUGGCUGAAUCGCUUCGUUCUUGCCUUUGUGCUGAUGGAGAGGCUGGGCAACGCGCUUGGCACGCUGGCAUUCACGUGGGCCACCGUCGUCCUGCUCGGCGGCUACGCCAGCAAACUCACCUCCGAUGGUGAUUUUGCGUUCGCGACAACCUUAAUUUUCUUAGAGGCCGUAAGAUAUACAAUUGGAUGUCGUGCCGCAUCAUUGUGGACUCUAUGGAGUCCAUUAGUUGCAAUCGUAUUGCUAGCUCCCUCUAUGUCAAAAGACCGGUCCAUGAUUCAAUGGGGAGUGUUUGCAGUACUACUUGUGGCAGUGGUCAUAGCAACAAUAAGCAAUCUGCGCUACAAAAGAAUCAGCAAACUAGUAGACAAUGUUCUAGGCAGCAAACAAGAAUUUUGGCGCAAGGUUACUAUAAACCUGUGCAUGAUUGCUGCUCUAGGGAUGCUGAUGUACAUGCUUGAUGAAAAUGAGAGAUCUAUGAUGAUCACAUUCGAGGUAUGUGCCCUAUUGAUAGUGUCAUUUGGCAACUUACAGAUUCCAGCAGCAGUUGUGCGGGUCAUGCUAGCAUUAAAUGAGCUUAGCCAGCCUGCUGCAUAUGAUGAAAGCAAGGAUGGCCAAAAAAACAUUAAAGCCUCUUUAAGAAUCUUCUAUGGGAUGGUGCUUGGACAAGGAAUACUCUAUGCCGUGGCCUGCAUGUUUGAGUUCUUUUCUUUCAUCCCUCGAAGAUCCCUCAUCCGCGGUGGUGGAUUUAAAGGUCAGUGGGGAAUGAAAUCUGUCAAUAUGUAUUACGCAUUUGCGUCAGAGAAAUGCAUGCAAGGGGGUGUGCUUGCUCCAAAGAAGAUCAGCCUCAGCACCUUUGCCAUGGGUUCUGUGAACUCGGAUUCAUCCAAGAAUCAGCUCGCCGGGAUACGAAUGAUGCACAACUUUAUGCAAAGUCAACCAACCAAGGCACAACUCCUUUCAAAACUCGCCACUUCUACCAAGACGAUGGCCAGAAUAAUCAGAAUGUUGGAUUGGACAAGUCCAAAGGAUACAGCUAUCAGAUUAUAUGCCGCAAAGGUCACUGCAGAGCUUGCAAAGAACCUCCGUGCAGGCACUAUCCCUGGUACAAUGCAGCUUGUAUCUGCACUUCUUGACGCUGAUCGCAGACUGGAAAGAGGAAACCCACUCCUAGACACUGAUGAUGAACACGAACGAAGACAAGAUCCAGUUCUGAAUACAGAAGAUAGCAGAGAGGUGGCUGAUAACCAAUUCCAAACACAAGCUCAACUUCGGGACACUGAUAUCCUGCUGGAAACAGAAAGCAGAUCAACCCAAGAAGUUGGCAUGAACAAACAGAACUCGUGCGUGCUCAGAUGCUGGCAGCAUAUUUCAGAAUUCUGGUCAAUACCCAAGGAACAGCUGCAGACAGACCACGAUCUUCUACCUGCAAUAGCGAUGUCAAUUAUUGAAAGUCUUGCUGGUGUUGACCAGGACAACUGUGUGGAGAUCAGCAAAGCAGCUGACCUCAUCCCGAAGAUCAUAAGAUUCACAAUCUGCAGAAUUGACACGAUGAAUACCAAGGCACAACCAGAGAUCCUGCUCAAAUCAUCACUGAAGGUGCUGCAAAGGCUCACAAGCAUUGGCAGGGAAAUCGGCAUCACACUGCGGUACAAGAUAACAGAACACCCCUUUCUAUUGAGUAACUUCUCAGACAUCCUUGGAGAUGGCAAGAGCAACCACAUAUCGAGAAAGUUGGUGGCAGGAAUCCUCAGAAAUAUUGCCGUUGAUGAGAAAACAAGGCAGAACAUUGGUCGCUUCCAAAUGAUCAUCACCAAGCUGAUGCAGGCAUUUUUCAACUCAGAAGGAACUAUGAGUACCAAUGCUGAUCACCUGUCACGGAAGGUCGCCGGGCAAGCACUGGCAAUGCUGACAAUACAAAGCGUCCAAAACUGCUUGGUUAUAUCGAAGGAGCCAGGGAUCAUGAAGGAACUCAAAAUCUUGAUCCAUGAUAGAAGGUACAUAUAUGUGGCGGCAAGCCUGCUGCGUAAUCUGUGCCUGCAUGCUCGAUCCAAGCUCAGAGAGUCAGACUUGAAGGAGCUAUCUCAUACCUUGAGAGAGGUGAGCCCUGCUAAUUCGAGCAACAAGUACACUAUUAGAGAUGGAAUACUGGACGUGGAUGGGGCAGAACUAGAGAUCCUGAUUGGCCUUAGUUCACAGAUAUGUAAAGUUAUUCCUGAAGACUUUACCAGAGAACUAGACAAUGGUCAGAUUAAGCAGAGAUUUGCGAAGAGGCUUGUCGACACAGUGAAUGCAAACAUGAAACCUAGUGCUCAUUGUCCUGGGAUCAGGAGAGUUAUACUCGAGCAAGUUAUACACUUGAUGGAGUAUAAUUCUCGCUAUGCGGAUUGCUUCAACGGAUUCGGGAUGAUAAAUGCACUAUCAAGGGUAGAACAAACACCAUCAAAGGCUGAAAACUACAUGCUCUUCUUGGGAGAUGCAGGAUUCAUGGAGUACGACACGCCUCUCUCUGAUCUUGUGGCCAGGGCAAAAGAAUUUAUGGGCUGUGACUGA